UUCGAAUUUUUUCUAGAGAUUUUCUGUGAGUGAACAUGACGUAAACACAAUAUAUAAAAAUAUGAAAUGUCCACAAAAGCAAAAGAGGCUUACGAUCAAGUUUAAUGAAGAUAUAUACAAGAAAGCACAUAUCUAACAGUGUUAUUUUAGUGUUUACUCUCUAGCUAGCAAACGGAACAUUACAAUAUUUUGAUCUUAAGGCACAUGAACCAAAUGGUAAGGUACCUAUAAACAAAGAAUUCUAGAACGUUAAUGCUCAUCAGUGACCUAUGCGUUUGAAGAAUAUCUAUGUGGUGUUUGAAUAUCAGGAACCAUGGAAAAAGAAGAUAUAAUACUUGGAGUGGAAAUGGGACGGUUAGAAAUAGAACCACUUAAAUUACAUAAAACAGAAGUAAUGAAAAUCCAUUUAUAAAUGUCUCAAAUAAAAAAAACAUUUCUUAAGACAACUCCACUAACUAAGGAAACAAGAUGCUCAUGUUCCACUCAAAUGAAACAAAAACCAGCAAUCUACAAAAAGAAACAUAGAAAAAUUAUAAAAGAACCGAUAUUGAAUAUAUUAAAAAAAAUUGGUAAUGUCAAAUUAGAAACAGAGGACCGCCAAGAAUCAAUAAGUAAAAACAUGUCAGAUAUUGAGAGAUGUGACUCAUUAAGUUUAUGCACACUUGUUGACAAUUGUAACCAGCUAACAAUAUCCUCCAAUGCCAAUCUUCAGAAUUUUGUAACAUCUUGUGAAAGUAAUCAGACUAGAUGGUGGAAAAAUGAUGCGUCAACUUCGCAGGAGCAAAGAGGAUCAAAACAACAGAGUAGAUCUGGCAGCUGUUCUCAGCAAGCUCUUAAUCCUCCCUGUGAUGUCACCAUUGAUGAAUUAGCAAGUUAUUUUGAAACUCUAGUACAUAUACCAAAAAAAAUGUCAUCUAUGGCUGAAAUGAUGUACAUAUGAUAAAAAUGAUAAGUAUACACAACACUGACCAAGAAUAAAAAAAUCAUAGUAGUACAAAAUGCAAAUAUAUUAUGUUCCAUUUCAUUGGAUGGGGAAAAUGUACUAUUAAUUUGAAAAGAUCCUUUGCGUUGCUUUAUAUAUUAUGUAUUAUCAGUUUUGUCAAGUCCAUGUUAAAUAUAAGAUCAACCUGAUUACAAUGUAGAUAUGCAAUUUUAAAAACGGAAGACGCUGGAUGCAGGUUGCUUCCAACAGGUAUCUGUGGAGAUCAAAGGGGGAGGCCUAUGUUCAGCAGUGGACGUCCUAUGGCUGAGAUGAUGAUGAUGAUGAUGCAAUUUUACAUUCAAGUCACUGUUAUUAAGAAUGUUUAUGAACUAGUUAUUUUUAAUUAAGGUAAAUGCUUUAACUGCUAGUGUUCUUACAAUUUGAAUGUAAUCUGAUAAACUUUUUGCAAAAUAUAACAUAUCGGAUUACAUUUGAAUCCGAUAUGUUACGAGUUACGAGGACAUUAAAAAUGGUUUGAGGUAUAUUAUUACCAUGAUUGAUUAGAUCACGUAUAUUGAAUGUUAACUUAGGUAAAACAUACAAAACCAUUUUAUACUUGAAUUUCCUGCUGAUAGUUGAAGCAUUCACCUUAAAAGCCAUUUCAUUUAUGGAGUUCAAAAUCUUUGAAAUUCUCACAACAAUGUGAAAUGGCUAUCAAAUCCUAUCUAUUAUGAUUUGUAUGGUAUUUUUUGGUGACAUUCUAUCUUCAAUCAACAAUUGCAAGUAGGUGACGUACUAUCUAAUGCAGACUUUGAAAUGGUUGAGUAAGAGCUCACAUUUACACAAUUCCAAUCUAGAUUUCGUAAUUUUAAUAUUAUGCUGUGUCAGCUGUUCCAAAAUACAAUAAAAAGUACGUAAUUAUCGAAUAUGUUGUAUCUAGUUUAAAAUUUAUGUAUUUUUGCAUAACAUGCUGACAGCUACAUUUAGGUGAAUUUGUGAGGCGUUAGGCCGAUACCCUAUCGGCCUAACUAGCUAGUCUUUUUGUAGCGUUUUUGUCAUAUCUUCUAAAGUUCUAACGCGUGUUAGGUGCUGGCAUUUGCAACAUGCUACUGUAUCGCUACAAACGCGCGACCGCGUCGUACGACAUCAGAGAGUGAACACAGGGGGAGAGAGUUUUUUGAAUGUUGUAAUGAUGAUGAUGUCAUCGCGACUGAAUUUGCUCCCGUGAGCGAGGGCACACAGCUAGCGACCUACACGAUGCUACACGCGACAGCAUUGGUACCUACAAAAAGUAGCCGUGGGCAAGGGGCCUUAUUGACUCGACCGUUUUAUGUCCCUGACCAGUUAUCUUCUUGGCAUUGUUGAAUGAAGCAUUUAAUUUUACUUGUAACUUGUAAGUAAAGUAAAAAAUGAAUAAAAUAAUUUAAGGAUUGGUAUAAUAAAAAAAAGAAGUAAGUAA